CCGGUCCAAUGGCUGACACGCCGAUUAUCUGUGCCUGGUGCGUAUAACAACAGCGACGACACCUCCUCCUCCUCCUCCUCCUCCUCUACAUCCUCUGCAUUUCCAGUACGCGAGCAACAACAGCAACCGAAUUUUUGCUUCCAACGACGGAGCAGCCGACGCAUCAUCCUUCCUCGCCGGGCAUCAAUAUACAGGAAGAUCCAACAGAGACCUGCUCCGCUCUUGCAUGAUGCAAUGCGUUCAAGUAGUAGUGGUGCCCAAGGCAGCUUGGACCAUCAUGCUGCACUUGCUAUCACUCGAUCAAGGACCCAGCCUGGCUACAACAACAACAGCAGCAGCAGCAGCAGCAGCAGCUAUCAUUAUUAUGCACCGCAGACAGCGAUAACAGCAUCACACUCAC